GCACAACGCCUGACCCCUCCGGUUUCUGCGUGCACUGCCACGUUAGUAGCGGUAGACACAAAAUACCAGCUACUCUCCCAACCUUAAACAAGGAAUAGGACCUGAACUACGACCAAUUUCUCAGCUAAACCGCAGAAUACCGUGUCUGCAGCUCUCAUCUCUGUCAGGAAGAAGACUCGACGGCAACUAACGUUAUGUUUAAGUUUUUGCUCCUCUGCACACUGGCGGUGGCCAGCCGGGCUGAGAUCACUGAGGAGGAAGAUGUCCUGGUGCUGAAGAAAAGUAACUUCGACGAGGCUCUUAAAGCUCACCCUAACCUCCUGGUUGAAUUCUAUGCCCCAUGGUGUGGCCACUGCAAGGCCCUUGCUCCAGAGUUCGCCAAGGCCGCUGGAACGCUGAAGGCAGAGGGUUCAGAGGUACGUCUGGGUAAGGUGGACGCCACAGAGGAGACCGAACUGGCCCAAGAGUACGGCGUCCGGGGAUACCCCACCAUCAAGUUCUUCAAGGGCGGAGAGAGCCAGUCACCCAAAGAGUACUCUGCUGGCAGACAAGCAGAUGACAUUGUCACUUGGCUGAAGAAGCGCACAGGCCCGGCCGUCACUAUCCUGUCCGAAGUUACCGAGGCAGAGGCUCUGAUCGCUGACCACGAGGUGGCAGUCAUCGGAUUCUUUAAGGAUGCUAACUCGGACGCUGCCAAGGCUUACGAAAAAGCAGCUGAAGCCAUUGAUGAAAUUCCCUUCGCCAUGACCUCCGACGAUGGUGUUUACUCCAAGUUUGAGGUGUCCAAGGACAGUGUUGUCCUCUUUAAGAAGUUUGAUGAAGGGCGUAAUACCUUUGAUGGAGAGCUGACCAAAGAAAAACUCCUGGCUUUUGUCAAGGCCAACCAGCUGCCUCUGGUCAUUGAGUUCACUGAGCAGACUGCCCCUAAAAUCUUCGGUGGAGACAUCAAGUCCCACAUCCUCAUGUUUCUGCCCAAAGCUGCUUCAGACUUCCAGGACAAAAUGGCUGAGUUUAAGAAAGCCUCAGAGGGAUUCAAGGGUCGGAUCCUGUUCAUUUUCAUCGACAGCGACGUGGACGACAACCAGCGCAUCCUGGAGUUCUUCGGCCUGAAGAAAGAGGAGUGCCCCGCCAUCCGCCUUAUUACCCUGGAGGACGAGAUGACCAAGUACAAGCCUGAGAGCGACGCCAUCACAGCAGAGAGCAUCAUCGAUUUCUGCACGCUGUUCAUCGAGGGCAAACUCAAGCCCCACCUCAUGAGUCAGGACAUCCCUAAAGACUGGGACAAAACCCCCGUCAAGGUUUUGGUCGGCAAGAACUUUGAGGAGGUCGCCUUCGACCCUUCCAAGAACGUCUUUGUGGAAUUCUAUGCACCUUGGUGUGGACACUGCAAACAGCUGACUCCCAUCUGGGAGAAGCUGGGAGAAAAAUACAAGGACAGUGAUGACAUAAUUGUGGCUAAGAUGGACUCCACAGCCAAUGAGAUUGAAGCCGUCAAAGUCCACAGCUUCCCCACUCUUAAGUUCUUCCCUGCAGGAGAAGAGCGCAAGGUGAUUGACUACAACGGGGAGAGGACACUGGAAGGCUUCACCAAGUUCCUGGAGACUGGUGGUAAGGAGGGCGGCGCCCCUGCAGGAGACGAGGAUGAGGACGAUCUGGAUGCAGAGGAUUUGGAUGAUGUGGAAGAAGGACAGGACGAGGAUUCUGAUGGUGAGGACGACGGACAUGAUGAGUUGUAAGAGCUGGCAGAGGAGAGAGAGAGGAGAGAAGUCCUGCCCCAACCCUUCCAACCAGUCACCAUCACCACCUUCACGUCCUUGUGGACCUUCCCUGUCCUGUGAACAUUAAUACUUCCCCUUUAACUGCCUCUCGUCAGUCAGCCGGCCUGCUAGCCAGCCCGUCAGUUACUCAGUCAGUCCAUCAGUGGAAUGGCAGGGCCUUUUUUGCCAGCCACAUCUCCAACCUUGCAACUUCUGGCCAGACUGGUCUUGUCCCCCCUGGAGGGACUCUAUGGAACAGCGCACCACCUCUAUGGGAGACCUCAAUGCCUUCUCUACAAAGCUCCACAUCAGCUGUUUGCCUUGUAUAUUUUAAACCAAAUGUAAAAAUGGCAUUGAUAUCCAGUUUUGAAAUUUUUUUUUUUUUUUUUUCUGGUGAAUUUGCUCCCCUCCUUUUUAAAAAAAGCAUUGCCAUUGUUCAGUGUGGGUAUGAGCUAAAUGAGUGUUGUAAUCUGUGUUUGUAGGUAAGGGGCGGGGGGCUGCUGAUGUUCUUUUUCCUCCAGAGGACCAGGGUUUUGUGUGUGGUGGUCUUGUAAUGACUGAUCUCUCAGGGGACAAGGGGCCAUCCUAUAGAUGUGUUUAUUUUGCAAUGUCUGCACUAAAAUAAACCCCACAGUGCUUGUCCAGUGUAGAACAAAGCUGCCCCCCCCCCCCCCCCCCCCCCCAUUUGUAGCUGAGACCAAUUAUUCAUUCUUUUGGUGGGGGUAGUUACUUUGUUUUCAUUUCUUCAUUCCCAGAUAAUUUCUCAGUUCAAUCUCCUGAUUUCAGCACGGCUACUGACUAUUUUCUAAAAGGAAAAAGGUUAACUUUUUGGGGAAAACCUAUUUUAUUUAAUUGUUUUGACUAUGACUUUUUUUGACUUUGUUUUUUUUUUUAAUUAAGGACUUGUCAUGUUUGAUGUUGACCAUUGUGCCCAGCUGUAGCCAGUUUGGUCUUUGGACACGCUCUCAGACCUGGAGCAGGUUCUGAUGGGUCGCACUGCAUUCAUGCCUAAUCAGAGAUUCCCGUGGUUACUGAAGCAGACAGAUUGGUACAGUUUAGUGGUUAGGUUGGUCUGAGAGAAGUGUCUAUUAUCUGAAGCGGGGAGGGAGCAGUUGUACCCCCCCCCCCCCACCCCUCACCCACACUGUACCUCCAGCAUCCCUUUUGGCUCUAACCAACACCCUUGUUGCUAUAGCGGUGCGUGUGUGUGCUGUGUGAAUGGUGUGAAAUUGCUGUGUGAUGAGUUGAAUGAUUAGUACAUAUUUUCUGGUCUGUUAUGAACAGGAGAAUGAAUGUACUGUUUGUUGUAGUCGGUGUGUUUUUUGGCAGGGAGGGGAGGCUUGAGUAGAGCAAGGCGAUGGGUUUGACAGCUGUACAGCGGUGGGGGAAACUUAACAAAGCAUUCCAUCAUAUCCAAAUUGAUGUGGAACAUGUGAAGUGGUGGCCAAUAAACAAAAAAAAAAAACAUAAAAAUGCA